AUGCCAAAAUUUGGGGUAGCUUUCCCUACAACAAGAAGUACUAUUACUAGUCUCCAACAAGAAUUAGAAUUAGGGUCAGUAACCAAGAUUGAUGAGGAAAUAUAUGAUCAAACAUCGGUGUAUGGAUCGUCGUUUUUGGGGAAAGCAAAGGGGGUUUAUGUAGCCAUAAGGUCAUUUGAUGAUGGGGAUGAUCAGAUGAUAGCAAUGACUGUAAGUUUGUCCAUUGAAAAGGGUGAUAAUAGUAAGUCUGAGGAAGAUAGCUUGAGAUUGUUUGGGGUGUAUAAGAGGGAUGUUUUGGAGAGUCAUGUUGCUGUUAUUGGUGGGACUGGUAACUUUAAGGAUGCUAAUGGAUAUGCUGUUAUUAGAGUACAAAGGUCUAAUGAUUAUAUUGAGGGUUCAAGUGAUGAACAAAAAACAAUGCUUUUAUACGAUGUUUAUCUUAGCUAA